AUGAGUGUGGAUGCUCGCAAGGCCGGAGAAUCGCUUAUCCUUAUUGGUUCUUUGGUCUACGCCUCGUCAAAAAUAUGGGAAGGUACCAAUUUUCAUUCUCCAAAUUUUGAUUCUCAGCAGUAUAAUUUAUGGGUGCUUACAGAGCUUCAUUGCUUAGUUGGCGCGACAGUUUUGUAUGUUCUAUGGCUAUCAAAUUCACUAAUAAGUUCGAAAGCGAAUCCUUUUACAUCUCUUAACGUUGAUGCAGCUGCUCCGAGUUUGACCUCAAAACGUCCUUCAUCCCCCAGGAUCCCCGAGACUCGAGACUCCAAUCUCAAAAAGAAUGCUCCGCUUCUACUCCGAAAGAGAGCAGAUUUUGGUUUUGUAUGGAUGUCCGUUCCCCGAAAUUAUAGAGAAUCAUCCGACGAUGGGAUUCUCACCGGUCUGCUGUUCGGUCCUCUUGUUUCCUCUGCAUUGUUAUAUUCAUCCCUGACUUUACCUUCAUCGGCAACGCCGCUGUCGUCCUGGAGAAUAGAGACUCCACGCCUUCUCAGUAACGCAAAAGACAGUUACAGCGCCUUAGAGGCACUCGUAUUAUCUCGCUAUAACCUAGUCGAUCUGUCAAACCUCUGUUCAACUAUCCUACUUUUUCAUGUCUGUGCAUCAUGGUGGUUUGAAAGCAGAUACCGAGUUGCUGGUGCUACUCUAGACAGCGAACGAAAAUCUGUCCCUCGGAGUGCAGGGAAGCGUCUGAGCUAUUUCAUCGUUUUCACACUGGGUACUACUAUCUGCAUGCUUGGCAUCAAAUUCACUCUUGUGUAUUUCUCGUUGGGCAUAUGGCAGCAUCUCAACUGGUUCGAAAUUACAGUUGCCUCUCUAUUCUACCAGUGUACCCUUUACGGAGUCGUCCGUCUUGCACAUCGAGGUUUUACUCUUGGAGAACUUGGAAUAGUUAGUUUCGGAGGUACGGCACUAUUCAUGGAAUUCCUGAAUGUUACUGCCGCCAGGAUUUGGCCAUUAACCACACCUUACAUCAAAACCUAUCGACUUCCUACUCCCCUCCUUAUAUUCCAAACCGCAUUAAUCGCGGGCUCCUUUUUAACUGGUUUCGUUCUAUCUCCAUUCCUCAUCCUGUCUCGACACAUUGGUCAGCGACCGGUUAGACGUAUGCGAUAUCCAGAGCUGAAACUUCGCCAGCGACGUUUGUUAGCCCUCGGCUUCUAUGUUGGAAGCUUUGUCAUGACAAUGGGGCUCAUUGGAAUGUGGACUUACUGGUGUUUGGGCAAGAGGAAUCCGUGGUUAUGGGUGAUAUUCUAUAUUUUAGAAGGUCGUAAGGGAUGGAGCAGGCCUGCCCUCUUGAUCUACUGGAUUGCCUUGGGAUCCCUCAGUGUUGCAGGUUGGAAUCGACAACUGGCGAGGUCAAGGAGAUUCCGCGCUUGGAACACUGCUGGGGAAAAUCUCAUCGUCCCAGGUAGCGGCGGGGCAUUUAUGGGACCUCCUUUCGUCGACGGCCUUGUUCCUCAAAGUUCCGGUAACAGUAGCGAUACUCAAAACGGAAGUUCAGUUUCCGGUGGAUCCGGGAGUACAAUGGGGUUGACCUUUCCGAAUUUAUCAAAUUUACCGAACUUGCCGCACUUACCCAACGGUGUUGCGACGGACCUUCUUGAUGCUGCCGACAAGCACGUUCCUACGUUGAGGCUGAAUGCUAGAAGGAAAUUUUUCCAUGCUUUAACAGUCAUCAUGUUUGUUCCAGGAGUAGCUUUUGAUCCCGCAUUCACUCAUCUUUCUUUCAGUGUAGCUUUUGCGUUAUUUACAUUUGCCGAAUACGUCCGGUAUUUUGCUAUAUAUCCUUUUGGUGCAUCCAUCCAUCUGUUCAUGAAUGAGUUUCUGGAUCAGAAGGAUGGCGGGACUGCGAUUUUAAGUCAUUUUUAUCUACUUACUGGGUGUGCUGGCAGUCUCUGGCUCGAAGGAUCAUCACCUCUUCUUCUGUUCACGGGAAUAUUGGUGCUCGGUGUCGGCGAUGCUCUGGCUUCUAUUAUUGGCAAACGUAUCGGGGUCCACAGAUGGUCACCCACGACUACCAAAACAUUAGAAGGUAGCUUUGCUUUCACCCUUUCUGUCGUGAUCAGCGCGUGGAUCCUUCGACUUCUUGGCGUAACGGAGAGUUUUUCAACUCUUCGCUACACAACCGUGAUAGGCACGUCCUCAAUCCUAGAGGCUCUGUCCGACCAAAAUGAUAAUGUGACUCUACCGUUGUUCUCAUUCAGUCUGUUGGCCUUGGUGGGUACCAGUUGA